UGACCUGUUAAGAAGGAGGUGAGGGAGUUAUUCUUUUCAUCCUUCAAUUGUAAGAGAUCAUUAUCACCUUCGACUUGGAAAGACAAAGAUGGCCCGAAAAGAGGAGCAACAUCUUCGGAUUGUACUUGUUGGAAAAACUGGAGUUGGGAAGAGUGCAACAGGAAACACUCUCUUAGGAAAAAAAGUAUUCAAGUCGAAGCUGUCAUCUUCUUCACUGACAACAGAGUGUCAGAAGGAACUGGGACAGUUUGGUGCUCAAACUCUGGCUGUAAUUGAUACUCCAGGCCUUUUUGAUACCAGUAAAACUGAACAGGAGGUGAGAAGAGAGAUUACUAGAUGCAUGUCAUUAGCUUCUCCUGGUCCUCAUGUAUUCAUGGUCGUGAUCCAGCCAGGGAGAUUCACCAAAGAAGAACAGGAAACUGUAAAUAUCAUUCAGCGGAUGUUUGGAGAACAAGCUUCACGUUUCACAAUGGCUUUGUUCACUCAUGGAGAUGAUCUGGAGGCAGAAGAGAGUCCCAUAGAAGAAAUAAUAGAGGUAAAUCCAGCUCUGAAGAAGUUUGUCAUUCAGUGCAAGGGAGGAUACCAUGUCCUUAACAACAGGAAUGGAAAUCCAGAGCAAUUGAAGGAGCUACUAUCAAAAAUCAACACAAUGGUUCAGAAAAAUAAGGGACAACAUUUCACCAAUGAAAUGUUUGAAGAAGCAGAGAGAAUAAUAAAACAAGAAACUGAGAGGCUUAUGUCAGAAAAUCCAGGUAUGGGAGAUGAGGAAGCAAGAAGACGAGCAGAGAAAGACAACCCAUUGACCCGGGCCGUUCGACACGGAGCUGCUAUUGGGGCAGUAGCUGGCUUCCUGGGAGGGCCAUUGGGAGCAGCAGUGGGGGCAGCACUGGGAGCUUUAUUUGGGGCUAUAUCAGGCUCAGUGAAGGAAAACCAAUGUAUUAUUCAAUGAUUCCCAUGACAUUGAAUUUUAUCAAGUAAAAUGUUUGGCUCAUGGAUGAAAUCAAAAGAAAUAUCCAUUGUAAAAUCGUGUAAUGUUUUCAGUUACUUUUCCUUUUCUGCUGAUGCAUUAACAGAAUCCACAUUAUUGUUCUUGGCAGAGGAUUCUUCUUUAAAAAGCCUAGAUUAAUCAACCUCAAUUCAUGAAUUGAUUUGGAAUUUUUAGAGCAGCAAAAGAAAAUGUAUUCAAUUUGAUUUUACUCAUAUCUUCUGCAAUAUUUAUCUUCACUUGUACCUUUCUGAAAACACUCUUAAGAAUAAACUUAAUCAUAAAGAUAAUUUGAAUGUGUAUUCCAAGAUUUAAUUUGAUCAAAUAAAUAAAUGAAGUAAGGAUUAUAUUUAAAGUACAAGUUUCUACCUAUAACCUCUUACUCUGUCUCUAGUAGCUAUGAUCACAUAUUUAGCAAUACAGUGGUAUUUCUUUGCUCUUUCAGUUAUAGUUUUAGAGAUUCUUUGUGUGAUGUGAAUCCUUAUGUUUAAUAUCAGGGUUUCGAAUCAGCCGGUGGCUAGAAAACAAAUGUUCGGAACAACAGUUGUUUUUUUCUUCUACACUUAACAUUGUUUAUUGUGCUGUCCUUAAUGAAAUAAACUUAA